AUGCCAUUUUUGGCGUGGGAAUACUUUCAUCGAUUUGCACCUGAUCCACCCAGUACUGACGGACAGCAGUCGACACGCAGACGACGACUGCCCAGCCACCAAGCCCAUCGCAGUGUCGAUCAUUUCUUGACCCUUAUGCCCCAGUGA